AUGUUUGUAGUAGCUAUAUUCCUAAUCUUUACUGGGAUUGGUUUGCUUGUAACAGCUAAGUAAAACCCACACUCAAAUGAGUCAGCUAUUAUGAACAAAUUCGUCAAUGAAUGGAACAAUAAUUCACAUGAUUACUUCUCCUCACUCACAAUGACUUUAAAUCAACAAGAAACUAAAGUGUAUCUUCCUUUAAACAUUAAAAAUGACAUGCCUUACGAUUUCAAGGAGGAAACAUUGCAAUAUUUGCCUGCAUACUUCCUAAAUACUGACAUUAGAUAGUUUUUAAUGGGGCUAACGAGCCUUCAGAAAGUUAAAAACCCUUUAAACGAAAAUGAAUACAAUCUAACUGCUUCAUUUUAGCUGAACAUUAUUAAUUAAAAUAACGACACUGCGUCAAGUGUGCAUAUUUAAGAUAUAGUAUUGAUGAGAAAAUACAAGACUUUGAGGAUGAUGAAGGACUGCAAUAUAAAUCAUAUGGGUUAAUGGAAUAGUCAGGAAUAGAAAUGCUAUGGGUUUUCACAAAUCUAGUCUUUGUGCUUGAUUAUGGAUUAAGACUAAAAUUUGUAAUAACCUGUAGAUGGGUAUUAGAAUUUCAUGUGCGAUGGUAGAUAUCCUUCUUACAUUAAUUAUAUGGCUAUGGAUUGGAGAGAACCUGGUUCAGACCCAGGAGUGAAUCAAUUUAAGACCAAAGUGUCGUUUCUCGUUAGAUCGAAUCAAGAUCCCAUCUAUAAGCUCUAUACAACUGACGAAAUCAAAUACGAAGCAUCAUCAUUGUCUCUGUUAAUUGGAGGAAUUUGUGUAUUAGCAUUUGGACUUUUGCUCUUAUCCGCACCUAUUUUAGCUUUUUUCAAUCACAAAGAGAGAAGAAAUUCCUAUCGGUAUGAUGAUAAUUUGGGCAAAAUGUAUAGGAUCUGA